AUGGAAAAACGUGGGACGUCCUCGGAGAAAGUGUGCAAUUACCACGAGGUCCUGGAGUAUCUGAACCUGACCAGGGACAACAGUCUGUAUAAACUGACCCGGCCCGUUCUGGACCACACGCACCAUACCACGAUUCACCUGGACGUCCUCCUCUACGCCAUCCUGGCUGUGGAGUGGAACAAUGAAUUCAUUUCAUGGGACCCUGCUCAGUUCUGUGGAAUAACUGGGAUUUCAGUUCCUAAAGACAUGCUGUGGAGACCAGACUUGUUCAUCUAUGAGAUGAUACAGAAAGAUGACUCCAAUCAGAACCCUUACCUGUAUGUGGACCACAAGGGGACGGUCACAUAUGAAGAGGACAUCAACGUGGUCAGCACCUGUAGAAUGGACGUGCACAAGUUCCCCUUCGACACACAGAGCUGCAACAUCUCCAUCGGCUCGGCAAUAAACUGCAUCGGGGAGAUCCGUCUCGCUCCUUCCUCCAACUCGUCCCGGGCCACUAAGUUUUCCCGCGAGGUGUUGAAGACUCAGGGCGAGUGGGAGUUCCUCCAUCUGUCCGUCAGCAACAACAUCCUCACCUUCGAUAACCGUUCGUUCGAGCAGCUGGUUUACACUUUCACCAUUAAGCGGCGGCCCCUCCUCCACGUCAUCAACUUCCUGUUGCCCAUCCUCUUCUUCUUGAGUCUGGACCUCGCCUCCUUCUUCAUCUCGGACCACAGAGGAGAGAAGCUGGGAUUCAAGGUCACUGUGCUGCUCGCCAUCUCCGUCCUGCUGCUCAUCCUGAACGACAUCCUGCCCUCCAUGUCCAACAGGACUCCGCUCAUAGCCACCUACUGCAUCGUGAUCUUUGCUCUGAUGCUGCUCAGUCUGCUGGAAACCAUCUUGAUUAUAUAUCUGAUGGAAAUCGACUCCCAACAGAGGCUGAAGAACGACCAGGAGGACCAAAAGGAAAAAGUCAAAAGUGACAACGGUAAAACAGAGAAGAGAAGUCGGAUCUUCUGUUCAUGCGUCUUCAAAGCGCCAGAGAAAGAGACUGAGAUGCUGCCGGUGGUGGAGGAGGUACAGGAUCACAACUUCAGAUUCAUUGGCAGCAUAUGUGUGCAGUCGAGGGAGUCUCGUGUUCUGCUCUUGAUUCUGGACGAGCUGCAGGAGCUGAAGAAAACCAUGAGUCUGCACCUCAGCCCCAGGGAGGAGGCGGGGGGGAGGUUGUUCCUCUGGGCCACAAGAAUCAACAGAGGGUUCUUCAUUUUCUACGUCACCACCGUGUUACUGUUUCUGUCCCUGCUCUUCUAUAAGUGGAGGAGCUAG